AGAAGUAGAAAAAGAAGUUGAAAAGUGUUCACUGUGCCGCUCACAUCCCAAAGAAUGUGCUUGUGUGGAAUGUGGUGCACAAACAUGCAAAAAGUGUUCUAAAGCGAUACCAUCAGGAAAGAAACAUGUGUGGAUGUGUGGACCAUGCAGUGAAAGGUAUCCUCAUUUGGCGCCCGGUGCCAAUCGUAGAGAACCUGAUAAUAAUGAAGUGCACACCGAUGUGAGAAGGAGAACAUCGGAAUGUCCUGUACCAUCUGGUGAUGAUCGGCGCCAAAGGAUUGGUUCGCAGGAGGGAGGUCCACCUCAAAGAAGUAGAUCAGAUAGCCUUCCUGCUCAACCUCCAAAACAAAUGCAACAAAGACCUCAACAACCUCAAAAUGUCCAAAUGAGGCAGGAACAAGGUCAGCCUCGACCAAUGCAUCCAAAUAAUGGCUCGCCGAUAAGAGUCAUGAGGCCAGAUCACCCCCAACAAGGCCAGCAAAUGAGACCUCAACAUCCUCAGCAGCAAACGAGACCCAGAUACCCCAAUGAUCAACAAAGGUCUCAACAGCCUCGUGAUCCAAGACUCCAGCAUCCGAUGGAUCAAAGACCACAUCAUCCAAUAGAUCAAAAACUUCAACAUCCAAUGGAUCAAAGAGCGCCACAUCAAUUGGACCAAAGACCACCGCAUCCAAUGGACCAAAGACCUCCUCACCCGAUAGACCAAAGACCUCCACACCCAACUGAUCAAAGACCACCACAUCCAAUGGAUCAAAGAUUUCAACAACCAAAUGACGCUCAACGCCUUUUGUGCCAGGAGGAUCAACGACAAAUGCAACCAAAUGGGGUUCAACAGCAGCAAAAAGUAUCUUCUCGUCCAAUUGACCCAAGGCAGCAAAUUGGAGAGAAACAGCGUUAUCAACAAGACCAAUUAAGAUCUGAGCAUGCGGGUGAUAAUCAAAACGUACAUUAUGAUUCAGAUCUGAAUAGGCAACAUUUAGACCAAGUUGAUACAAGCAAAAUGCAAACUAAUAACCAACGGAAUCAACAGCCUUUGGAUAAUCCACAGCGAAAUCAGAAUAAUAAAGAUAAUCAUAAAAAGAGAUCAGAGAAUUCAUCGAAUCAAUACCAAUCCUCCCCACAAAAGCAGCAGGGGCCUGAUGUCUAUGGAAGCUCACAGCCAAGAGCAUCACACCCAAUUGAGAAUGGUCCAGACUUCCCUCAAUCCAAAACAUACUACCCUAGUGAACAAUUAAAACCUAAGCCACAGCAUCCGAUUGUUCAUUCCCAAAAUAGAUCCCACCAAGGACCUGAUAAUUUUUCAUCCUAUCCUAAUCAAGAAAUUUUACCGGAAUACCCACCACAGAGACAUUUAAAUGCCUUAGAUUCUAAUCAAAUUAUACCUCCACAAAGAAAUCAACGCCUGCGUGAACCUCCCGAACAGCAAGUCAUCCCUAGACCUCAACAUCCCCAAGAACCACCACAAGAGUUUCCUCAACGUCACGCUACUGAUCAAAAGUAUCCCCCUGAGAAGCAGAGAGACCAGCAAUUUAAUAAGAGUCAACAUCCUCAAUUCAAAGUCAUGAACGAUCAAGGUGAAAAAAUUCAGAAUCGAGGUGAAGUGAAUCAAAAUUUUCAAGACAAUACAAGUGUUCCUUUUGGAAAACAACCAACUGAUAAUCAGCAAAGGAAUUAUGAUGAUAGAAAUCGGUCAGCAAUAACAAGUCAACCGCAACCUAUGAACCCUUCCGAAAUGCAACAAAUAAAUAAGAGUCCACAACCUCAACAGAGGCAGCAAAUUAAUCAACAAAGAAAUCAAAGUGAAAAUAUACAAAGACAAAUAGUUAACCAAGGUCCAAAUAGGCACGGUGUUUUAGAAUCAGAACAAAAUGAUGUUUAUGUCAGUUUAUCUGAGCAACAAUCUGCUAAAAAUAACACUCCAUUUUUUGAACAGGGUAUUAGUGACAGUGAGACUCAAGCUCCUCCUGCAACGUUGCCUAGAACAAAGCGUCCAGAAGUACCUACGCCUGCCGGACGAACAACUAAAAGAGAAAAGAUACCACCAACUCAGACGUUACCAAGACCUGGUACUAAUCCAUUUCGAAAUGACAAUAAUCCUUUUCGAAGAGAGAGUCUACCUCCCGAAAUUUUAGAUGCCGGGGAAUACGUCACCGUCGCUCCUAGAAGAGGUAGCCUGGAUGAACGCUUUCGGCAUAUGUCUAAUCAAGAUCAAGCAAGAUUAGUUGAUGUAAUGAAAGCUGGAGAAGUAACUAUUAGACCAGCAUCUGAAAGACGUCUUGAACCACAAAAUUCAUUUGAAAAACAAAAGAGUGGACCAUUACCAGAAGAAGGUCAAAUGUCCAACCGCUACUUAGAAGAAGAGCAAAGAAGAAAUGCCAUUAACAGUGGUGUUUGUCCAAUAGAUCCCAACACAAGACGGCAACUGCCAGGCGGCGAACCUUCUAAACGGCCUCAACAUCCACAGCAUCCAGAUCAAGUUUCUUCACCACCAGUUCCAAAAGCACGUACUUCUCUAGGAGACCCCAACAUGCAUAGUGAAGGUAGAAAUGGAAUACCAAGGACUAUACCAUUAACUUCUUUGGCUCAAACUCUUGAACAACAGUCUGAUCCACGCACUAGUAUUUCUAGACAGCAAGAAUGUUUUGUGGAGCUUCCGUCAAUGAAAAAUGACAAAAACUUGAUAAACGAUUUAUCGCAGCAUAAGCAAUCAGGUGGUUCUCAGGGAUCAUUCUCACAAGAGCAUAAGAGAAAUGAAGAUUUCGUGCAUCCAAACAUCGUAGACAAUAAUGCCGCCUCGGGAAGAAAUGAUUAUUCUAGAAAAAAUGGUGAUGGCUCGAAUAAGCCUAAGCCACCACCUACACAACAGCGCCAAAAAAUGGAUCGACCUAGAGAGCAGCCACCAUAUCCUCCUCAGGUAGAUAGGAAUAAUUCUAAAGCUGGGCAAAGCAAUGUUCAGUAUGACGAACAGGCUUGGCGAGAUGCGAGGAAAAGUAAACCUUUACCACCUGAGUCAAACACCCAGGAUCUUGAAGGUUAUCAAGAUGAGGAAGAGGAACAAAAUAUUGAUGAUUACUUUGAAAUGAUCGAAAAAGCAAUAAGUAGACCACAGCAACAAAAUAUAGGCGUAGGAAAAAGAUCAUCAGACAUACAGCGACAAUUAAUGAAUCACGAAGGAGAUCGAAAUCAUGCUGCGGCAUCUGGUUCAGAAUAUAGUCCUCAAAAAGGUCAAGUUUCUGCUGUUCUCAGGCAGAUAGAUUCGCUUAAUCAAAAUCAAGGAUAUCAAACAACAAACGUACCACAAAAUAAGCAGUUUCCUGGUGGAUAUGACCAAAGGAAUGAUAAUAUAAAAGAAAAGAAUGAUUUAAAUAUUUAUGAUAAGGCCAGUUCGAGAAAAGAUUUUUACGAUAUCGAUAAUGAGGAAUACUCAAGAAGGGAUAAAAAAGAACAAUAUAUUAUUCAACCAACUGACCACAGAUUUCAACCUCAACAAACCUCUGAUGAAUUUGGUAAACAAAAGAAAGAUCUUAGUGGGAAAUCAUACGAUAAGCUUUUGCUACAUGAAUUGACUCCAGAUACAAGACAGCCAUCCGCAAAGCACUACUUGGAAGAGCAUAAGACGCAGCCUCUAUCAUAUGAAGCAUUUAGUUCUGUUAAAGCAAUGCAGCAAAUGCAACCGGAUACUAGGCAAGAACAGCAUUUAGCUCAGUCACAAAAGCAAAGUCAAGGAAGUGAAAAUGAGGUAAGAAACCAAGCUCCUUACUACUAUUCUCAACAGACAUCAACUGGGACCUAUUAUCAAGGAACAGGACAAAAUAACAAUGCAUAUGAGAGUAAUGAUACAACAAAGAAUGGUCAGGUAUCAAACGGAGGCAAACCUGUUUCCAAUGACGCGCAAAAUCAAAAGAAAGCAAAACCAAAACCAGAUCCAGGAGACUGGUCACCAGUAUCUGAUUUGUCACCGAUUUUAGAUGUUUCUCCAUCAGUUGAGGCAGCGGAACAGGAGCUGAUGGAGAAAUUCCAAGAGAAAAUAGUUAUUGAGGAUGACGAUGAGGACAUGUUAGACGAUGAUGAUUCACGUCUGUUAAAAGCUGGUGGCAUACCCAGGGCUACAAGUGGUACCAUCUCGGGAAUGUUGGAAGAGUUCAACAGAGCUCUUGGUCUUCCUGGUACCUCUCCAGUAGAUGACUCUGGGAUCAAGUCAGCAGUGUCUCCUACCUCUCUUGCCAUGAGCCCAAUCUCAAGUUUGAGCUCAUCAUUAACAUCAGUGUCAUCAAUUCAGAAGGAAUACCAAGAAACUUUUGGAUCCCCUCAAAAAAGUGUCCCUGGUGGAUCGCCCCAAAAAACACCGGCUCAGCCAACUACUCCUAGACGUUCUCAUAGAAGACUUCCUCAACCAACAGUUGAGCAAAUGCAAGCAGCUGUAGCGAUGGCAGCACAAGGACCAAGAGAUAAAAAUGCUCAACCACCUAGCACAACCGGUCAGCUUUUGUUUGGAGUAGAGCCCAAAGCACAGACUAGUGGUGGACUGAAUUCUCCAUCAUCAGCUUGGAAAGUACAAGAACCAAAUCAGUCUUUCGAACAACAGUACAAUACUCAACAAGUUACAGUACAACCAACUUUGGAUAACUAUACUAACGUUCCUAGUCCUGCACCUAGAUCUCAACCACGCAGUGCUUCCAAUGGUCAGAAGGUUGGAGAAUCCGUUCAACCAGUACCAACUGUCACAUUACAAGAUGUUCCUACUCCGCAAGUUCGUCGACUGCGUUCUGGCUCCUAUGGAGGCAGCACUUCGCCAAAGCCUACGGAAGAGCUCAUGGCUCGCUUGAAUGGUGGUGGAUCCUCGAGUCCUCACAACAUCAUGGAUAACACCACCGUGGGAUCCCCUCAGACACCGAGUACACCGAGAGAUAAGACUGGUGAUUCUUCAGAUACUCAGAGCGAAGCAGAGAGCAUAAAAUCCGUACGACUUAGACGGAAACUACCUAAUCUUCCACCUGACCAAUGCGCUUCACCCAGCCCCACUAGAAAAACAGCAGAUCGAGCUAAAAACGGAAAUGGUUUCCAAGACCACUUUGAAAACGAAUCACCUUCUUUAACUCCAGCACCUACCGCAACCGUCACAACUACAGUAGUCACUGCAAUUGAAUCAUCAAAAGAGUUUGCAUCAGGCAAUGUGUUAGGUGCUCCUUCACCAACACCCAGCAUGGGCAGUUCCUUGUCACCUCUUCUAGGUCGACGAGUGGAAACAUCUAGAACUCCUAGUCCUGGAGGAGAUCCUACUGGUACUAAAUUGCCACAGUACAUGCAGAAUUUAAAGCAACAACUUAGAGAUGAACUAAAAGCUGUGACAGAAGAACGAAAGGUUAUGCUAGAGCAAAGAAGCAGAGGUGAUGGAGAUCGUUCGCAGACUCCUCAGCCUCCACAAACAACGGCAACUACACUGGAACCUACCAGAACAAUAUCUACCUCAUCGAGUGGAACCACUCCCACUGUUCCAAAACCUUUAGCUAAUACUAACACAGCGGCACUCUCAGCUGUUUUAAUGAAACAAUUACAGGCACAGACACCCCACCAAGCACCAUCUGUGUCACAGGUUUUACCACAAGCCCAAACAAGCACCCCCAUAUCUUACCAAACAUAUUCUUCAAAGCCUCAGUUGGCAUCGCAAACAACACCAAUUCAAACUCCUACGAUGUCGCACGGCUAUAGGAUGCCAACACAACCGCAGUAUCAAAGUCAACCGCAACUUCUGCAAUAUCAGAACCAACCACAGUUCGUACAGUAUCAAAGUCAACCACAGAUAGUACCACAUCCCAUUCAGCCUCAAACGCCUAUGAGAGGUCAAUUGUCUUCCCAUUAUGGCAGCAGCCAAGAGCUGCAUCUGUAUCAAAGUAUGAUGGAUUCCGGUCGAAGGACACCUCAGCCUUCAGGUGCAAGAACUCCUCUACCUGAUGCAGUCCCAAAAUAUGCCAUCACCCAAAGACCAUCUGAUGAUGACAUCACCAUCAUGACUACUGCCACUACGACAGUUGUUUCAGCUUCAGAGCAGUGGCAUGAUGGUUCUAAGCGUUCUCGUCAACCUCCAACGACAACAAUGGCACCCUCGACUUCUUUCAUGGGUACCAGUGUUGAAUCGUUGCGACGUUUGCAACAAAAAAUGACUGCUCAACCUACUUUAAAGAAAGGCCGACGUAGACAUAACAGUGAGCUUAAUUUGCCACCUUUUGCACAAAUGGAACAGGCAAUGCACUAUCAGACAAUGAGACAGCAACAGCCAUUAACUCCGCAAUACCUUCAAUAUUAUCCUAAACAAGUUCAAUCAGUCCAACCUAGCUAUAGAUCGAUGGAUUUCCCCUCCAUUGACAGCCACGCCCGAGCGACUGAACUACUAAGAUCGAGUGCUAGUCGAUUUGGCGGGAGUUUGGGAAGUGGAUUCGGAUCUACGGAAGCUCUCUACCAGGGACGAAGGGUUAUGAACAAUAAAUUACAGGAAUAUUUUGUUCCAGACAAUAGAAUGAUGGAACAGCAACAGAGGGUGGUUGGUCCGGACGCUUAUUUCCAAACACUAAAUAAUGAAAUCAACAGGUUGCGACGUUCAUCUGAAAAUAUCCAUAGAGACGCCAUAUACGAUAAGCCAUCAUAUGGUGCUUCAAUGGGUCCCCCUCAAACACCAGUUCCUGAGAUCAGAACCAGCCCACAAACCACUGACCGGAGAAAAAGGAAAGAGAAAAAAUCUCGAAAGCCUAGAUCUUGGCAUCCUUCACCUUAUGUCUCUGAAGAUGAAGAUGACCAAAUGACAAGAGAAGAGAAAAAAGCAAAAAUCAAAGCAGAGAUAGCUCGCCGGCGACAACAGAUAGAAGAAAACAUGAGGCUGCAUGACGAGCUUUGCAAACUUGCAGAGAGGCGUGACAGAUUAGAAGCAGUUCAAGCAGGUCGUACAACUCCAGUUGCCUACGUACCAUCACCUACAGGGUCGAUAGCUUACUCUUCUAUAGAACAGCAGCCUAUGCAACCUGUGAGGCCUUCUUCGCGCAUGUCGGAUACUGAUGAUACUAGCAGUGUUCUGAAAGCUAUAGACGAAAUCUUGAGGAAAGACCUGUAUGACCGACCUUUGUCGAGAACAGGUUGGUCACCAAGUUACAAUCCUGCUGAUGCUAGACCAACGGACUAUUACCAGUCAGGAUAUGUUACUAUGCCCAGGAACAGAUAUGGUGUACCAGUUGAUGCUCGAGUUGGUGGUGCGUGGGGCGAAGAAGAACAGCUUCAACAGCAACAACAGCAGCAUCAACAGUAUUUUCAAGAAUCAUCAGCAGAUCCAGAGACUGCGAUGGAUGAAAGCAUUAUGAGGAUAGCAUCUACGUUUCCUACAGACGAGCCUCCCGAUAUUUUGCUGUCCGCAACUCCCGGUCAUUUUUCUCCCGAAAACGAAAUGACUCCCGCCAUGCCACUUUUACCUGACAUGCCCACCAGAUCUAGGAAGCUUUUAGAAAAUUUAGGUAGCUCACCUAUUCAACCCAGUAGAAGUGGAUCUGCACAAUCUUUGUAUCAAGACCAAGAUGAUGCUAAUGAAGACGAUUCCAUGGGUCAGAGAAUACAAGAAUCAAACACAUUGCUUAGGUCUCAAAGAAAAGUUGGUCGUACUCCUGUAUCUAAAACGAGUCAGAAGUAUGAUUUUCCAGUCAAAAGGAUUCUCUUGACGCGAGACCCCAAGGAUCGCUCCGUCAGCGGUAAUGGUCUAGGUAUGAAAGUGGUGGGAGGUAAAGAAGUGCCUGGUUCAAAUGGUAUGAUAGGAGCUUAUGUUGCCAAGAUAUUUCCAGGGGGUGUUGUAGAAACUCUUGGUGAAGUCAAAGAAGGGGAUCAAGUUCUAGAAUGGAAUGGAAUACCUCUUACAGGAAGAACGUAUGAAGAAGUUCAAAGGAUAAUAGCGUCUUCCGCUGAUGAAGUAGAAAUCGUAAUUAGAUGUGACCUUAACAUGCUGGAGACUUUAAAUCGUCAGAGGCGGAGUCCUGGUAUGGGAACCAGCGGAGGGCCUAGAGGUGGGCUCGAGCCUCCAGAUACUCCAGGAAGUGGUGGACCUGGAAGAGGAGGUUCACCUCACAGUCCUUACUCUCCAGCCGGAUCCUCACGAGGUCACAGUCCUGCAUUGACUAAAAGAUCUAUGGGUGGUGGUGGUGGAGGUGGAAAUAUGGGUAACUCCAUACACAAUGUCCUAAUAGCAAACAAUAUUAACCACGCAUCGUCUUAUGAGCAUAUUCAGCCAUUGGAUCCUCGAGAUUCAGGUUAUGGACGUUCAUUCGGCCGAACUCUGAUAAGUGGAAGCCAAACGUCUCAGAGUGUGAUGAACGUCUUUGCUCCCGGUAAUAUAUCUUCUGAUUGGCCAGAGCUUUAUGAGCCUUCUUUUUUCUCUUCUCCACCCUCUCCGGAUGAUUUUAUUGAAGACGAGUUUCAAAGUCGGUGGCAGAGAGAGAGUAGUGUAGAACAAGUUCAAUUUCAAGUGUGUUGCGGUCCAAGAACGGCCAUAGUCUAUGUACCAAUCAUGCCAGCCCGACCUAUGUUAAAAAGUGCCCCUCCAGCCAUUCUCAACAGAAACCACUUCACAAGAAGAAGUGUGGACCAUAUUGAUGAGUACGAACCUCUGCUGAAGAAUGGCUGGAGGACAAAUGAGAGGGCUUUAGGCUUUUAUGACCUUCUGCGACCGCGAUCCUCUAUGGGAAAGAUUAAUGUUUACCUCAAUGGCCUUAAAGAAAAGGCAGAAGUGUAUGAACAUCUGCGUAGAAUGAACGGAGUAUGCCGAGUAUCUGAGGAGAGGGAAGAAGAACCCAAGGAAAGGCCACGAGCCCCCUCCGACCUUCCCGGUCUUAGGCCGGUUUUUGUAAAUGACUGGAAGGGGCCAAAAAAAGUAUUUAAAUCAAAUAUAGAAGAAAAUGACGACAACAAUAAUACAACCAAGAGUAACUGCAACCAAACUGGAGGGAGUUCUGAAAAAGCAAGAAAACCUCACGUGGGCUCUAGUCCUGAAGCUUCCACACCUUACAACAUUCUCCCCAAAGGAUGCAGAGGCUCAUUUUGUGUCAUUCUUUAACUUCAAAAUCACAAAACCCAUGUUUCGUGACUGAUGUGCUUGGAUCCACCACUUCCACUGGUUCCCUGCACUCCCGCCGUUUGCGUGCCUACGUUGUCGUACUAUGUAUAUAGGACAUGAGUUCGACUCUUCCCCAUCGCUUCAAAGUUGGGUUGACCUAUUAGGCCACUUAUUCAGUUCCUGUACAAAAUAAACACUUCUAGUGAGUGAUAUAAAAUUGUGUGAGUUGUUUGAAUAGCAGCUUAACGACCCUAUUAAUGUGCAUAUCUAAUUCUACACGGUUAAGGAAUUCAUGUGGUGCUACCAUCUGUCGAUGCGAUUUACAGCUACAGAUUGUGCCCAUGAAAUGAUACUUCAGCUUAAAGUGACGUCACCUAGGAUAUUUUACUAGCAUUUAUGGCUAGUUGAAUCACGGAUUAAGUAAUGCUGAUUUUAGAUGGGUUCCUCAUGAAAUGUUUGUAGAUUAAAUUAACGUUCAGUUUUGUUUAGAAAUUCAAUUUAUUAUUUUUUUUGCUGAACUUAAUUAUUUUAAAUAUUUCUUGAAAGAAAAAGUACGAAACAUAUCUUAAUACGUAUCAAAAGCUAAUUUUUGAUAUUAUGAUGUAUACAGAUAGGAAAUAUGUGAAAGAAUAAGUUAAUCUAUCAAAUUAUGACAUUCACAUUCAAACAAAAUGGUAAACAUUAGAAAUGAAUGAAAAUAUCGAGUGGGUAUGUUACAGAACAAUAAUACAAAUUAAAAAUAUGAAUUUAUGUCCUUGUUUAUGAUCAGUAAAUUGAAAUAUUUCAACUGAAUAUGUAAAAAA